CUUAUUAUAACUUUCGGAACUUUCAUUUCCUUUCUUGUCUUUACGUGUGAGGAUGAAAGUAAUAGUUUUAGCAACGUUAUUGUGUUCGGUAACCGGAAGCUUGGAGAUUAUCUUCAAGCGGGUGGAGUCCAGUAUCAGUUGCGGCGUAUGCGAGUUGUUGGUUAACAUCUUUUAUACAGCUGCCAAGAAAAAUGAACCUAUGUCCUUCGUCAAGCUCAAAUUCGUACCACUAUGUAGAGUUGCCCAAAAUUCGAUUGUCUGCAACGGAAUAUUUGACACAUUUGCACCAGACAUUCUAGAAGCCUUCCAAUAUGUCCAAAUCAGUCCCACUGAAAUUUGUAGUAUGCUUAUGGAAGCUUGUCCACAAAUGAGAAUUCCAGAACACGAGUGGACGGUAAACCUUACAAGCGUACCAAAACCACGAGUGCAAGAGAAACUGCGAUCGAAGGCGAAUAACGUGAUCAAGAUUCUACAAAUUAAUGAUAUCCACCUCGAUACGGAUUAUGCUGUGGGAAGUACAAGCAAUUGUCAGGAGCCACUUUGUUGUCGCAAUUUGUCCACUAACAAACUCUUGGCACGAAAUAUUCCUGCCGAAAGGUGGGGUAGCGCUGAAUGUGACACACCACUGAAAACAUUAGACUACAUUCUUGAAGUAAUUGCAGAACGACAUACUGAUAUUUCCUACAUUAUGUGGUUAGGAGAUAUAGCACCGCACGAUAUUUGGCGACAAACAAAAGCAGGACAGCUGAUCACUCUCAGGGACGGAAUUUCUGCACUGAAGCGCUUCUUUCCCAACACCCCGGUCCUUCCCACAAUUGGAAACCACGAAACCAAGCCAGAUGGUAGUUAUCCUCCACCGUGGGUUACUAACCCAAACUUUUCCAUCACCUGGUUCUCCGAAGCACUAGUCGAGUUGUGGAAAGAUUGGAUUCCCCCAUCGCAAUUGCAAAACGUAUUAACAGGCGGGUAUUACAGCAUCCAACCUCAUCCUGGUUUGAAAGUAUUAUCAUUGAACACUCUUUACUGCCACUGCCGAAAUUGGUGGUUGUACGUUAAUAGUACCGAUCCUGCCCAACAGCUCCUGUGGUUGGUUACUGAGCUUCAGCAAGCAGAAAGUACUGGACAGAAAGUUCACAUCAUUGGUCAUAUACCACCCGGUAACGCAGACUGCCUGAAAGUAUGGUCAAGGAACUACUAUGAAAUUGUAAGCAGAUACGAGAGCACAAUUACCGGACAAUUUUUCGGUCACACGCAUCUAGACGAAUUUGAAGUAUUCUAUGAUAGCCAAAACCUUAGUCGUCCGGUAAGCGUCGCAUAUAUAGCACCAUCUAUUACACCAUUUGAGGGUGGAAAUCCCAGUUAUCGGAUAUACACCAUCGACUCUGACACAUGGGAAGUCAUCGACUACGAGUCAUUAAUUAUGGACUACAAGAAGGCAAACAAAUACUCGGAAAGUAAUCCAGAAUUAUUCAAAUUGUAUUCUGCAAAGCAGGCUUACGCCCUCAAUAACUUGGGGCCAAAGGAAUGGAACAAGUUAAUUUACAGGAUGAAGAAGGAACCUUUGCUGUUCGAUAAGUUCUACCAGAACUACUACACAAACAGUCCUAAUCGCCCAAGUUACGGCAGGCAAGACAAAUUUCGGAUACUUUGUAAUUUAAAGUCUGGGAAAACUAAAGCAGCUAAGAAGUUGUGUGGCGACCUUAAAAGCUGAUGUUUUGACAGCCCCACCGUCCAAAGUGAAGGCUACGCUCCUUUCAUACAUUUAGCAUCUUUAGUUUACUGUCUUUUCGAUCAUUCUAUCCGGUCAAUCUGUUUAAAGCUGACUCAGUUGCGACACUUUGCCCAAAGUCCAAUCACAGAGGUAGAAAGCCUUAAUUUUCGAGUUUUUCAAAGGAUCCGUUGCUUGCCGGUGUGAAAUUACUCGUAAUUGUUAUUAUUAUUUUGUUGAUUGUAGUAGUAGGUUUAACAAUAGCAAAGAGCAU